AUAGCGUACCCCAUUGCGAUCGCCUCCUUCCUCUUGUCAGCCGCCGUGCUCUCUUUUUAGGGCUUUGAGGGAUUGUAAGGGUUUUCUGGCAAGCUAUGGGGUCGGGCGAGGACGAUGACAAGAUCAGAGCGUCCAAGAAGACGCUGACGGUGGUCAUUGCGGCCAUUCUGACGCUGCUCACGAGCUCGCAGGGGAUUCUUACGGCUCUUUCGCAAUCCAAUGGAGGCUACGAUUACGAUUACGCUACCGUCCCAUUCUUGUCCGAGCUGCUCAAGCUUGCAUUUUCGGGAGUUUUCCUCUGGAACGAAGUGAGAUCGUCCAGUAGCACACAGAUCACGGGCGAUUGGAAGACAAUGCGGCUGUAUCCAAUUCCUUCCGUCAUCUAUCUCAUUCACAACAAUGUCCAGUUUGCGACACUGACUUACGUGGAUACGUCGACUUACCAGAUCAUGGGAAAUCUCAAGAUCGUCACGACUGGCAUUCUUUUCCGUAUCAUGCUGAAGAAAAAGCUAUCGAACUUACAAUGGAUGGCCAUAGUUCUGUUGACAGUGGGAACCACAACGAGUCAGAUAAAGGGGUGUGGAGAGAGCAAGUGCGAGAGUUUGUUUGCUGCGCCAAUGCAAGGCUACUUGCUGGGAGUUUUAUCGGCGUGUCUCUCAGCACUAGCCGGCGUUUACACUGAAUAUCUGCUGAAGAAGAACAACGAUUCACUUUACUGGCAGAACAUCCAGCUUUACGGGUUUGGCGUCUUGUUCAACGCCUUGAGACUCAGCGUGGACGACGUGAGUGCCAGCUUCUCGAACGGUCCUUGGUGGUUUCGGCUGUUCAAUGGUUAUAGUUUUGUUACAUGGCUCGUCGUUAUCAACCUCGGGUGCACGGGAUUGUUGGUUUCUUGGAUCAUGAAGUACGCGGACAAUAUCGUAAAGGUUUAUUCCACAUCUAUGGCCAUGUUGCUCACGAUGGUGUUAUCUAUUUACCUCUUCAACCUGCAGCCUACGCUGCAACUAUUCCUGGGAAUUAUCAUAUGCUGCAUGUCGCUUCAGAUGUAUUUUACCCCUCCGCAUCUUCUCGUUGAUUCGCUUCCACAGUCAUCGCUUCCACUAUCCGCCACGAGAACGUAAGACGCAAUUACUUUCUCUUUACAAAGAGCAAAAUAGAGGAGAGAGCCUCAGAAAGUAUCCUCGAGAAGGCGAACUUUGUUGCUCACUACUGUAAGAACAAAGAAUCAGCACGUCCAGUUUCAGCGAGGAUCACAGAAAUUGAUCCAUCGGGGAAGAAAAGAGAAGAAAAAAAGCAGCAGCUCUAUACACGCGCGAUGGCUUCAUCACGUAUCGCGCUUGUAGAAAUACUCGUUGAUGCCCGGGGUAAUCUGAAAGUGUUUUCGGGUGUAGAGGUACCGUCUCAGCGCGUGAUCAUGUGACGAGACCUGGUCCUGAGGAAAAAAUGAUUCAAGCAUCGCUACCUGACCUCCGGAUUAAGCGUCAAGUUCCUCAUGCUCACGAACGACGCCAAUCCCACAGCUGCGGCCAUAAACGCGAUCAAAGGGUAUACCUGUUCGAUUGAUCGAUCGUCGAGAAUUAGAAACUCGUGACAAUGCGAGAGAAUUGAUGCGUCGGGGGCGAAGAAGUGGAGGGGGAAAUCGCACCUCGGGCUUUGUCCAUCGCUUGAAGUUCUCAAUUUUUCUCCUCGCAAUCUCUUUAGCGGAGAAGGCCAUUUUCCUCUUCCCGGGAACAGAGCCCUAACUGUAAGUUGACGUGGCGCGAAGCGUUUGGCUGUAAAGCAUCCGCUGGCGCAUUGCGAGAUGGAAUUUGCAUUAGCCGUCGAUUCAAAGAAGGUGCUUUCUGGAUGA